UCACAAAUCAUAUCACUAACCAAACAAAAAAAUGGGGUUCGUAGCUAAGAGUGUACUAGUGAGUCUUGUAGCACUUUGGUGCUUCACUUCCUCUGCUUUCACUGAAGAAGUGAACCAUGUGUCUCAAACCCCUUCUCUAGCUCCUGCGCCGGCUCCUUACCACCACGGUCACCAUCACCCACACCCUCCACAUCACCACCACCCUCACCCACAUCCUCAUCCACCGGCCAAAUCACCUGUUAAACCCCCGGUUAAGGCACCAGUGUCUCCACCAGCCAAAGCUCCGGUUAAGCCCCCAGUUUACCCUCCCACCAAAGCUCCAGUUAAGCCCCCAACCAAAGCUCCGGUUAAGCCACCAGUUUCCCCGCCAACCAAACCUCCAGUUAAGCCCCCGGUGUACCCUCCCACCAAAGCUCCGGUUAAACCCCCAACUAAAGCCCCGGUUAAGCCACCAGUUUCCCCACCAGCCAAACCUCCGGUCAAGCCCCCGGUUUACCCUCCCACCAAAGCUCCAGUGAAGCCACCAACUAAGCCCCCGGUUAAGCCACCUGUUUCUCCUCCCGCUAAGCCACCGGUUAUGCCGCCGGUUUACCCGCCUAAGUUCAACCGUAGCCUAGUCGCCGUUCGUGGUACAGUCUUCUGCAAAAGCUGCAAAUACGCUGCGUUCGACUCACUCACAGGCGCUAAACCAGUCGAAGGUGCUACUGUGAGACUAGUGUGCAAGAGCAAGAAGAACAUAAUCUCGGAGGCGACAACAGACAAGAACGGAUACUUCUUUUUGUUGGCUCCGAAGACGGUGACUAACUACGGUUUCAGAGGAUGCCGUGUGUAUUUGGUGAAAUCAAAGGACUACAAGUGCAACAAAGUCUCCAAGCUCUUCGGUGGAGAUGUCGGCGCUGUGCUCAAGCCUGAGAGAAGCCCAGGAAAAUCCACGGUGGUGAUCAACAAGCUGCCCUACGGUAUCUUUAACGUCGGUCCAUUUGCCUUUAACCCGGCUUGCCCCAAAUGAAGAUGAACCCUCUGGUUACUUUCUUGAUUACGUCGUCGUGUUUGUGUUAAGAUUAAUCUCGUGUUCAAGAAGAGUGUAAGAGUGAGUGAGUGAGAGAGAGAGGGAGAGAGUUAUGUGCGUUGGAAUUUUAAUGUUAGCUAGUUUUUUUCUUAAGUUAAAAAUGCUUGGAUUUUAAUUAUGAUGUAUUCUCUCUCUCUCUUUUUAAGCGACUUUGAUUAAGUUUCGUUUGAAUAAAAUAGUACUACUAGCUUUUACA